AUGUCGGCGACGAAGCAUUCCGAUUCUGCCCCGAUUUCGGCAUCAGAUCCACAGCCGAACCAGAUCCAGGCGGGAAACGCGGCGGCUGCGGCGCCGGUGGCGGAGGAGGUAGGAUUCGCCGAGUGCGAAUGCUGCGGGCUGAGGGAGGAAUGUACGGAGGCGUACAUCGAGCGCGUAAGGGAGAUCUACGACGGUCGCUGGGUGUGUGGGCUCUGCGCGGAGGCCGUGAAGGAGGAGAUCUGCCGAUCGAGCCCUUGCCGCCCCAUCACCACCGACGAGGCGCUCGAUCAACACGCCGCCUUCUGCCGGAGCUGCCAGUCGUCCCCUGUCGCGGCCGACGCCAACGAGCACCUCAUCGCCGCCAUGCGGCAGCUACUCCGCCGCAGCCUCGACUCUCCCCCGGGAAUCCGGUCCACGCCUAGCAGCCCCAGCCGGAGGACCCCUGGCGAUGGGGAGCAUCCUCGGCGUUCCCUUGCUCGCUCCGACAGCUGCUUCCCCACCUUGGCAGGCUGA